CGGCCGCGCCUUGCCAACCUCUUCAGCCACCUGGCGUCCGGGAGGGUGUGCUUCCGAGCUCAGCAAUAUCGUCGUCUCGUGAGCCCGUGCAGGGGCAGUGACGCGGCCGCUGCUCUGUCGACGAAGGCAUGCUGCUUACCUAGCGGCGCCAGAGGAUGGUGAGAGAGCCAGUGAAGCGUGGGAGCAUGGAUGCAUGAGUUUCUUUGUCGCCCACUGCCGCUCGCCGGCCGCCGCUUCACAACGCUUCCCCAGCCAAAAGCUGGUAGCGAGAAGGUAGAGUCGCACCGUCCGGCCGAUGGCAGGCUGCCCAUUCCAGAAAAUGCUAUGACACAAGACGCAUUGGGUUACACUCCCUCCUGCUGGCCACUGCUUGGUUCUGCCCAGCCUCAACAGCUCGGGCCGUUGGAACGCCUGCUAGUGCCGUCUCUCGCCCUUCGUUUGCACUUGCUGACCUCUGCUUCUUAGUAAUCGGCUCCAUGCUUCACUCUGCGUUCGACCCACCGUCUCCCGCGCGCGGCUUGGGACCGAGGGGCAGCGGUUCCGCGGUCGGCGGCAACGGCCCAACGUCGCCGCACAAACCUCGAGGCUCAGGGCAGCGCGUGCUCCUGUUUCCGGCAAACAUGGCGGGCAGCUGGCGGGCAGCUCACGGCCGGCAGCCAUCCGAGAGCGAAUGCGACGCUCUCGGCGCGGUAGAACGUGCAGCAGCCCGGCCGGGGGGGCCUCAGAUCAGCCCACGAACCGCUGGCCCGUGCCUGCGCCGCUGCGGCAAACUGUCGACAUGGCGAAGAAGGCAGCCUGCUGCUCUGCCACGGCCUAGCUGGGGGCCAGAGAACGAGGCGUCGGUGGACAGCCGCCCUGUGACCGUCGGCCAUGUGAUUGCCGCCAGUCUCGGCCCAUCUUCUCGCCGACUCGACCGUCCGCCUGCUCCUUCGGGCGCCCGCUCCUCCUCCGCCAUCACCGUGGCCAUCGCCUCUCCGCAAUCUCCAGCGUGGAUGUGCCGCCUCCCGCAUGGCCGGCACCUCAUCAGGCGAAAACGCCACAGUGCCGCAGCCGCUGCAUCCUCUAUUGAUCUGACACCCCUUAUCGUCAGCCGCUCGCGCACCGCACGUCAACUCCUGCCGCGAACCAGGUAGGAUCGCACUUCAACCCCCGUCCCUCACUUCUAGUCUGCCCCUUUCGGCCAAAUUCUGGUUUCA